GCCGUUCCACAUGCAAGCACAGGCCCCCAUCAACUCUCCAUUAUACUCUUGUGUCGUCGACAGGGCGGCCAGCCUGUCCAAGCCUAUCCGCCCAUCCUCAAUUCCAUGAAUCAAAAGACAGGACAGCCUGUAAAUCUUUUUGUCGUAAAGUCAACUUGCCUCAUAAAUCAUCACCGGCCGGAUGCUGUAGAAGGACAGAAGGACUGGUCGUUCUGGCAGAUGACGACUCACCGUUCGAACCAAACUGUUUACCGUCAUUACCCUCCUGUUACCAUGCCCUGGUCUAUUCGCAAUCACGUGGCUACUGGACGGACAACGCGAAUUCGG